GCCAAAUUGCAAAACACAAUAGUUAGGAGCCAGUUGCCUAAUGGGUAUAGCGUUGUCUUGCAAAGCGGAUGCUUGCUUUGUCCAGCACAAACUCUGGUGGUUCGACUCCAGCCUGGCUCGUCCUUGCCUGUCCUCGAUACUCUUUUAAGAGGAAAAGGAGGUUGGACAACCAUUUUGAUGAAUUUUUGAGCAAAUGCAAACAAGGGAGGACCUCUUGACCAGUCUUAACCUGCGCGAUGUCAGAGAUACUAGGAAAGAGAAGGAGUCUCGCGCAAGCAGCCCGCAGAAAACCGUGAGUAUGUCAGGUGUGGAUGGUAGGGGUGUCCCAGAACAGCCGUGAGUGUGGGGAGUCAAUCUUUAUACAUCAUCGUCAAGACUCUUCAAAUCCUAAGUGGUGGUUUAUAUAUAUAGGGACUGGCCUAAAACAGUCUUGGGGAUUUUAUAUUUGGACUCAAACACAUGAAAUGUGUUGCACAUUCCUCGCAAAGAACUCCAUUUUGACCGUGCUUUGUUGAAAAAAACAAAGAAUGUUUGCCCUGUGACAGCUGAGUGACCUCUUGUUUGAACCACCAACCACCCCUUUCCUAUCAACACAGGGGUCAUGUUUGGGCUUUAGUAUAUAUUUAGGUACCUUUUGUGAGUUGCGAGAGCAUCCCUGCCAUGUUGGUCCUUCUGGAGCGCGAGCACGCACGAACAACGCACUCGCAGAGAACACGCACGAACAACGCACUCGCAGAUCCAGGAUUGUUUUCACGUUCGUGCCACAAGCGAUUUGCUGCAACACGACAGGUCCGUUUGUGCACAGACCCUGGACUGAACUGGCUAGCAUUUUUGUCGGACCCGCGAGGAUCUGGACACGACCGGCCUUCCUUCAGCAGGGCCUUGCUGGGUGAAGAGAUGCACGAAAUGGUGGAAUUUGGAAAAUGGCACCCUUACUUACUCGAGCUUCUGGCUCUAUGUACUUUCUCCUGAGCUGCUUAGGACAAACAUCCUGAAAGAGACCUUGGUCAACUCAGUCAUCACCCGCUGGUCCCAACCGACCCAGUUCAGCAGAUGGGGCUUCCAAGGAAGGCGGCGAAAAUGAGCUCAGUGCAGAGGAGAAGAAGAAGAUGAAACACAAGAAAAAGAGAGAGGCGCAAAAGCAAGAGCAGAAAGCCACGACUCCAGCCACAACGGCCACUGGAAAGCCUAAGAAGGUGGACGAUGAUCCUGAGGGUGAGAAGCUCUUGCAGCAAGACUUCAUGGAGCAGGCCUGCAAGAUCGUGCGAACCAUGGUGACGUUCAGUGCUCUGGACUCGGCGACGCAUGUCAUGACCUACGAAGUCUUCAGCCGUCAGAAGAAGUCGCUCCAUUGCCUCCAGGCCUUGAGACAGUUGUGGGAGUUGGGCGGCCGUGACUCCCUCUACUACAAGUUGCUGGCACCGCUUGCGCACUUCUGCUUCGUGCUGGGGACUGAGAUCCCGGAGCAGGUGGCGGACGUGGUCUUCGCCGAGAUCGCCGUGAUCAUCCGGAGCGACGAAGGUGCCGUGCCUUUUAAGUCCGCCGCCGAGAUGAAGGAGGCGGCUUCAAAGCUGGUGGACGCCGUGGAGCAGAAGAUCAAGACGACCAACGACCUUUUUCUGGUCGAGGUGCUUUAUGGUCUGAAAUGCCUCAAAGCUGCUGGCAGAGAUCGAUUGGCUGUGCUGGAGGCUUGGCAGCCUCAAGGAGCCAUGAGUUUGAAGGAGAGCAGGAAACUGCUAGCCUACUUGGAGAAGGAGUUCGGCAAGGACUCCGCCCCCUGGGCCAAGCUUCAGAGACGCUGCCUGGAGUUUUUCCCCUUGAUGGUCAUCGCGUGACGGGUCGAGCGGGUAAGUUUUGAGCCAAACAGCUCCAGUGCCUGUUGGGGACCCAGCCGCUAGAAGCCCCUGCCCUUCCAACUCGGUGCGGUGCAAAACGCGAAGUAUGGGAAAAGCAUCGGAACACUUCCCAUUUCCGCCCUCAUGGUGUCAAUGUGUCGGAGCUUCACGAUCUCCAAAGCCUCCAAACCGCUUCUUCGUGACUGGUGCUGGUCCUUGGUCUCCGGUUGGGCCCCUUGCACCGGUCGGGGCGGACGGGUCAGGGCCCCAUCGGCGGGCGUGGCCGAACGCGGGGCGUUUCUGCCCCAUGGAGAGAGCCAUGACUUCACCAUGCUUGGGCGGCUAGCGUCGAGAGCACUUUCCUGGGCUGGUCAAUUCUGACUGGAGAGCUGAGACCUUCUGAGCGCUGCCAAU